UUGUUUAAAAAAGGAGUCCAAGAACACGAUGAGUGAUGUAUCUUUCUACGAUUACGGUUCUUCUGAUCCGGCGAUCUCCGGUUCCCUCUAUGGAGAUUCGCUUUCUCGGUUGGCAGCCGCAGUUGAGCAUGAUGAUGGGCUUUAUUGCAUCAGGCCGCCGGAGCACCGCCAUGACGGCACUUCUCCUCUUCCUCUAGGCAUGGACUGGAGUUUCGCCCCUCUUAUUUGGGAAGGCAGAAACUCUGUUUGGCCCCAUGAUUUACACAAAGGAUGGAGUUACUGUGUCACAAUUCCUUCCUUGAUCAGUGGCAUACCGACUGCUGGCUCUUCGGACGCUGUGUUUUAUGGUGUUAAAGUUGGCAUACAAUCACCUGAAGGAAUCACCACAACUCGAACAGUUCCAAGAAGAUUUAACGAGUUCUUAAACCUAUAUUCCGAGCUUAGAAAGGGAUAUCCUAAGAAAAAUUUGCCCCGACCUCCCCCAAAGAGGUUUGUGAAAGCAAAAAGCAAGAAAGUUUUGGUAGAUAGAAUUUGUGCUUUGGAGUGUUGGAUGACAAAACUAUUGUCAGAUAUUGAUGUGUCCAGAAGUGCUCCUGUGGCAAUCUUUUUGGAGUUAGAAGCAGCUGCAAGAGAAGCAUGCAAUGAGUUGAAUCAGAAUGAUCCUGCUGACAUGGACAAGAGUUCUUCCUAUGAAACAUCUGAUCUUACUUCUUCAUCUCUCGAAAAGGAGAAUUCUGAUGAACUUAAUUCAAUCAACAAACAUUACACUGAUGCUUCAAAUGUAAAUACAAAUCAUGAUGAUGAAGAUGAAAGAGAUUCCAAUUCAGGGUUAAAAAGUGAACAAAAUGGUGUAAACAUUGAAGAUCUGAUUAGAAGAUUAAAUGAAGAAACUGUUGCAAGACAAUACUUCACAACAAAAGUCAAAGAUUUGGAAAUGGAACUUGAAACAAGAAUUCAAAGCAACAAAAACAUGGAAGAGCUUCGAAGAAAGUGUAUGGAAUUGGAUUUGAGAUUGACAAUUGAACAGGAGGCUAGAGCAUAUGCAGAAUCAAUGAAAGAAACCAUGAUCCAAAAGAAUGAAUUGUUGAUGAAAGAGAUUGAGAUUUUGAGGAAAGAGAAAGAAGAGAUGGAAUUGAAAGUUAAAUCUUUUAGUAAAAUUUCAGAAGAUAAAUUACUGGUGGAUACUUGUGUAUCACUAUCAGAUACCAUUGAUGUGUUGGAAACAUCGGAUACCCAAAUUGGUCUUAUACUUGCAGGAGAGGCAGGGGUUGUUGGUGAAAAUGGUGACAAUGGUAAUGAAGAUGAUGAUGAUGAGUUGAGGAAGUUGUUAGGUGAUAUUUUAAUUGAGAAUGCAAAGUUGAGAGAACAAGUGAAUUCUGUGAUUAGUCAUGCUCUUAGUAAACCUGUUAAAUGAAAUAACGAUAAUGUAAUCUACACUUACUAUUGAAAAUACUUGUGGAGAUAUGUAUAAAGGAAUGUAAUAAUAUAUUUAGUUGAGCUCAUGGAAUCUGAAAACGAAAAUCAUUUAUAUCUUUGGACCACUUUUGCAUACACAUG